UCCAAUUCUCAAUAGUUAUUCUGCCGAAAAUGUCUACUAAAUACCUAGUAGCGACUUUGGCUUUACUGCUUCUUCAUAGUUCAUCGGGUCAAGAAUGCAACAAACAAUCGUUCCAACGCCUAUGUGUCACCGACGGCGAUGAUGUAGUACUCGAAAACGAAAGGCUAUCAAUGACUAUUAAAAAAGCAGAGGGUCAGAUCACUGCACUUUAUUAUAAUUCUCGUGUUGAUACUAAUAUAAAAUCAACCAACCUACUGAGAGGCGGUUCUGGCUAUUACAUUGCCGUUAUUAGUGUUGACGGCAAGGGAUUGACAACCGGGCCUGAUGUGGGAGAAAUGAAAAUUACACGAAAUGCUGACUUGAUCGACCUGGCAUUCAUCAACAAGAACACAAGCAACUGGCCAAUUCACUUUGAGUUUCAUCUGGUCCUUGAAAAGAAUUCAUCCUUAUUUUACUACUAUUCCAUUCACAAGUACAAGAGAGAUGGUUACACUGCCGGUCAGCUAAGAUGGGCGAUAAGGGCCAAUGCAGACCCAUUCAAGUACUAUAGCGUAGAAAGAAAAAGGUCAGGACCUAUGCCCACCCAGCAAGCCAUUGACUCGGCGCGGUCUGUACAGGACUGGACCUAUAUGUUUCCAGACGGAUCGGUUUAUUCAAAAUAUCAGCAAAUAUCGGCUAAUGAAGGCAUUAACUCCGUUUUCGGUAUUUAUGGCGAUAGCAUUGGGCUAUCUGUACUACAGACACGCAAAGAGUGGGUCAGUGGCGGACCAUUUAAACAGAGCCUAACAACACACACCGGUCAAAUGCUGCUCUUUUGUGAACACACGGGACAUUACGGCACACCAGACUUAGCGCCCACCAGGGGAUGGAGCAAAGUGUAUGGUCCCAUCGGCUUGUACCUCAAUGAAGGCCAAAGUCUUUCGGAAAUGUAUACCGACGCUCAGGUACAACUCAAGCGUGAGGAGCAGAAGUGGCCAUACAAGUUUGUCACUGCACCAGAGUACAAUGCAAAAGGUAGGCGCAGUGUGUCGGGGGUACUCCAUGUGGAUGGGUCGCCGAAUGAAGACUGGGUCUACCUUAUUCUGACGGAGCCUCAUGUUGAUGAUCCCCAGUUAGAGACGGCCACUUACAUGUAUACUGCAAUGGCUGGAAAAAAUGGUGGAUUUGAAAUCCCAGCUGUGAGACCAGGCGCAUACAAACUGCAAGUAAUAGCAAGGGGUGUGGUUGGAAAGUACGUUCAAAAAAAUAUUAAUGUGCAAAGCAAUAGGGACCACGAUCUUGGCACUAUCAAUUGGAGGCCGGAAAGCCAUGGCAAGCUACUGUGGCAGAUCGGUGUACCGGAUAGAAGUUCGGCAGAGUUUAAAUCGCCACGUGGCUUUCCAUCACCUAUCCCUAAUUUAGAAGAAUACCGCAAGUUUGGAACAUGGCUCAGAUACUCCAUAGAAUUUCCUAAUGAUCCAGACUACACAGUUGGCGUUAGUGACCCUGCUAAAGACUGGUGCUAUUUUAUGCCCAUGAUUAAGACACCUGGCUUCCCCGCUCAGCUCGGAUUGGUCAAUGUCACUCAAGAUACACGUGCCACCAACUGGAAGGUCAGAUUCAAUUAUAACGGUUCAACCCAAGGAAACGCCACAUUAACCCUAGGUUUUGCCGCUAGAGUUAAAGCUGGUAUUCGUGCGGUGAUCAACGGCCAGGAGAUUCUUAAAUUGGACUCUUUUGAUGGACCGCAAGCUGAUUCUGCGCUUUUUCGUCAAGCAGCUCAUGGCAUAUUCCAUCAGCAAACUGUAACAUUCAGUCAGUCACUGCUAAAAAAUAAGAAUCUUCUAGAAUUCACACCUCCCGGCCCAGUAAGUCAGAAUCAUUUGGACAGAAUACUGAUGUGGGAUUUCUUGAGACUGGAAGUCAGUAAUUAAUUGUGCUUGUAUAUACCAUAAAAAAGUUUUAUUGUUUCAGAAAUAUUAAUAAACUGAUCCCAAAUUA